CCAAAAGGGCUUCUUCCUACCCCCACCCAAACACUCUCAAACCAUGCCAACCCCUUCCACAACUGCACCCCUCCAAACAAACAAAAUUCUGGUAGGCAUGCACAUAAAUCAUCAUCUUGCACAUCCUAAAUCCUUCAUUUAUAAUCCAUUGAAGACGAGCAUCUCCAUAAAGAAGCCCAGUAAUUGGUUGGUCCCACAUGGAAGCCAGUCCUCAUCAGGCCCCGGAGGAUUAGAUUUCCGCAAAAUAGAUAGGGUCAUAAGAUUGCACUCAGCUAUUCAGAAUCGCAACGUUAAAGAAUUAUUAGCCUUGGCUGCUGAAGAAUGUCGAGAUUACUUCAGUGUUCUUCCCACCAUUGAUUCUGUUGAGCUGAGUAAGAAAGUGCUGGACAUGUUCUAUGCUUUCUUACUGGCAAACCGGAUACAGUUGGUGAUCAAGCCGGCAAUGGAUGGGGCAGUGGAUGUUGGAAUAAAAUGUUGUUUAGAAUGGCCAGAGACUCGCUUGCCAUUCUUACCUGGUUGUAACCUCUACUCAUCUCAUACCUAUUAUGGCAUGGUGUUUUUAAGGAAAGAGACGAAUAUUUUAGGGGCGUUGCAUCAUCAGAUGGAACUCCUUGGACCGAGGCUGGAACAAAUCUUUUUGCCCAUGAUAGAUAAGAUUUUACCAUCAGGUGUUCUUGAAGGGGAGAGAAGGGUUGCUUUCCUGCAUUGCUUGCUUAGUCUGCUAUUCAUGGUUAUAUUUCUUGUCUUAUUCAAGAACACGUUUGUCUAACGUACACUGCUACCAAGAAAAGUAUAAUGUAUACAAAUUAACGCUAAUGACUCCUUUUGGAUGUACAUUAAAAGACAGCUUAAAGGUCUCUGACUCCACAU